GCUCUGCCGACUCCCCUUAGCCCCCGUAUUCUUGCGGUAUUCACAACUCCUUGCGUCAUCAUUCUUCUCCAUAUUCCUCAACUCGACCUGAACGUUCAGCCGACGGACUCACCUCAACCCCAACUGACGCUCAAAGGUCUGAAAAAAGUUUUGAGAGAGGACCGAGAUGCAUCUCUACAAUCUUACUUUACAACCCCCAACCGCCAUCGUCCAGGCCAUUGUCGGAAAUUUCUCAGGGGCUCGACAGCAAGAGAUAAUUGUUUCGCAUGGAACGAGAUUGGAACUCUUACGCCCAGACCCGUCAACUGGAAAAAUCGCGACAAUAAUCGCGACCGACGUCUUUGGUUCAGUUCGGUCUUUGGCUUCAUUUCGGCUAACGGGUGGAUUGAAGGAUUAUGCGGUAGUAGGGUCUGACUCAGGUCGCAUAGUCAUCCUUGACUAUGACCCCAAGACCAGUUCUUUUGUCAAGCUUCACCAAGAAACUUAUGGAAAAUCUGGUGCCAGACGAAUUGUUCCAGGACAGUACCUAGCAGUGGACCCAAAAGGACGUGCUGUGAUGAUAUCUGCGAUGGAGAAGGCCAAGUUGGUAUACAUUCUCAAUCGAGAUGCCGCAGCAAAUCUUACCAUAUCUUCACCUCUCGAAGCCCAUAAAAAUGGUGCCAUCAUCCACCACAUAAUUGGAUUGGAUGUUGGAUUUGAGAACCCCACGUUCGCUGCGCUGGAAGUGGAUUAUACGGAAGUUGAUCAAGACUCGACGGGAGAGGCGGCGAAGAAUGCAGAGAAGUUUCUUACCUACUACGAACUUGACUUGGGCCUAAAUCAUGUUGUCAGAAAAUGGAGCGAACCUACCGAUCCGCGAGCCAAUCUGCUUCUACAGGUACCAGGUGGACAAUUAGCUUCUUCUGACAAGUACGACGGCCCUUCUGGUGUUCUCGUCUGCUGUGAGAACCACAUAAUAUAUCGCCAUACGGACGGUCCUCAGCAUCGAAUUCCCAUUCCACGACGUCAGCACCCCCUCGAAGACUCAUCACGCAGUAUGCUGAUAGUUGCUGCAGUCAUGCACAAAAUGAAGGGUGCAUUCUUCUUCUUGCUCCAAAACGAAGAUGGUGACCUGUACAAGGUUACUAUAGACCACGAGGAAGAGGAGGUUAAGGCACUGAAAAUCAAGUACUUCGACACCGUUCCCGUCGCCUCCAGCCUCUGUAUCCUCAAGUCCGGUUUCCUGUUUGUCGCCUCCGAAUUUUCAAACCACUACCUCUACCAAUUCCAAAAGCUCGGUGACGACGACAAUGAACCUGAAUUCAGCUCCACCUCGUAUCCAUCUUUCGGUAUGGCUGAACCCAAUUUACCCUUACCUCAUGCCCACUUCCGACCACGGCCUCUUGACAACUUGGCGGUAGCAGAUGAAAUGGAAUCACUGUGCCCCAUAAUCGACUCAAAAGUUUUGAAUAUCCUACCCAACUCCGAUACGCCUCAAAUAUUCACUGCGUGUGGUCGUGGAGCCCGAAGCUCCCUCCGUACCUUGAGGCAUGGUCUUGAGGUGGAGGAGUCAGUGAGUUCGGACCUACCCGGUAUACCGAAUGCGGUUUGGACAACGAAGAAGAAGGAGGACGAUCCAUUCGACUCAUAUAUUAUUCUCUCCUUCGUCAACGGAACGCUUGUACUAUCUAUCGGGGAAACCAUCGAGGAGGUUCAGGACACCGGAUUUCUUUCUUCUGCUCCAACUCUGGCUGUACAGCAAAUUGGUGCGGACGCUCUCCUACAAGUGCAUCCCGGAGGGAUUCGACAUGUUCUUGUGGAAGGGAGAGUCAAUGAGUGGCGGGUACCUGCUGGGAAAUCCAUCGUUGCGGCGACGACCAACAAGCGACAAGUGGUUGUUGCACUGUCAUCUGCGGAACUGGUUUACUUCGAACUUGACCUCGACGGCCAGCUGAACGAGUAUCAGGAUCGGAAAGCCAUGGGUUCGACUGUGCUCGCCUUGAGCGUAGGAGAAGUUCCUGAAGACAGGCAGAGAACACCUUUUUUGGCUGUGGGAUGUGAAGAUCAGACUGUAAGGAUCGUUUCGCUGGAUCCAGAGACCACGCUUGAGAUUAUUAGUUUACAAGCGUUGACGGCGCCACCCAGUGCGAUAUCUAUUGCUAGCAUGUUGGACGCUAGUAUUAACAAGUCGAUGCCAACUUUGUUCGUCAAUAUUGGAUUGCAAAAUGGGGUGUUGUUGAGAACAGUAUUGGAUCCCGUCAAAGGGCAGUUGACAGACACGAGGACGAGAUUCUUAGGAACAAGGCCUAUCAAACUCAUUCGUGUUCAAAUAGAACGCAACCCAGCGAUUUUGGCUUUGUCUUCACGUUCAUGGUUAAAUUACACCCAUCAAAAUCUUAUGCAUUUCACGCCGCUGAUUUUCGAAAGUUUCGAUUAUGCUUGGAGUUUCUCUGCAGAACUCAGUCCGGAAGGAUUGAUAGGUAUUACCGGGAGUACCUUACGGAUCUUCCAUGUACCGAAGUUGGGCAUAAAACUAAAGCAGGACUCGAUUCCGCUUUCGUAUACCCCUCGGAAGUUCAUAACGCAUCCAACGAAUUGUUACUUCUAUCUCAUUGAAGGUGAUCAUCGCGUGAGUGGAGAGGAUACAGUUGCGAAGAAGUUGAAGCAGUUGCGUCAACAAGGUAAAUCCAUCGAUGAAGAGAUGCUGGCUUUACCUGCAGAGGUGUUCGGUAGGCCCAAAGCUCCUGCUGGUACCUGGGGUUCUGCUAUCACAAUUAUCGAUCCUGUUAAGGCGAAAACGUUAGCUCACAUCCCUCUUGAUAGUAAUGAGGCUGCAUUCUCUCUGGCAGUCGUACCGUUCUCCGCACGGGGGGGAGACCUCCAUCUUGUCGUAGGUACGGCUGCAGAUACCCAAGUUUCGCCGCGGUCGUGCUCUAGCGGAUUCCUGAGGACGUAUAAGUUCACGGAUGAUGGCGCUGGUUUGGAGUUGUUGCACAAGACUGAGACUGACGACGUACCAUUGGCCCUCCUGGCCUUCCAAGGAAGAUUAGUUGCAGGUGUCGGCAAGGCCUUGCGAAUAUAUGAUAUUGGUAAGAAAAAACUACUACGGAAAGUGGAGAAUAAGCAAUUUGGGUCUGCGAUCGUCACUCUCAAUACGCAAGGCUCUCGUAUUAUCGUCGGCGAAAUGCAGGAGUCCGUAUCAUAUGUGGUCUACAAACCACCCGAAAACCGUCUUCUCGUCUUUGCGGAUGACACACAACCUCGUUGGGUCAGUGCUACGACGAUGGUCGAUUACAACACCGUAGCAUGCGGGGACCGUUUCGGCAACGUCUUCGUAAAUCGCCUAGACCCGAAAGAGUCUGAACAAGUCGAUGACGAUCCUACUGGAGCGGGAAUUCUCCAUGAGAAGGGUAUCCUGAUGGGUGCCCCUCAUAAAACAAAAAUGCUUGCCCACUUCCAUGUCGGCGAUCUUGUCACGUCGAUACAUAAAGUGGCGAUGGUGGCUGGUGGAAGGGAGGUUUUACUCUACACUGGGUUACAUGGCACGAUAGGGAUUCUGGUGCCGUUUGUCUCUAAGGAAGACGUAGAUUUCAUUUCGACGCUGGAGCAACAUUUGAGAUCCGAGCAAGGCAGUUUGGUGGGACGAGAUCAGUUAAGCUGGAGAGGUUACUAUGUUCCUGUGAAAGCUGUCAUUGAUGGUGACCUGUGCGAGACGUUUGCUAGGCUACCUGCAACCAAACAGAGUGCGAUUGCGGCUGAGCUGGACAGGACUGUUGGGGAAGUUCUGAAGAAGUUGGAUCAACUACGGGUUACGACGAGUGGAUUUUGAUGUAAUAUUUUGUUGUAGUGUGUAUAUUCUCCUUAUAAUGCUCGCCUUAUCGAGGCAACCGUCUCGAUAUAAAAGUCGUUGUCUUGGUCACUGUUUGCAUCGAGCGGGCCGCGCGCCAAUUGGAUCACACCUAUUACAUUAUUACCACUACCUCGCUGCUGGCUAGCGAUGCGUUUCCCUCUUCUUAGACGACUCUCUCAUCUUAUUCACCGCCGCCCAAAAUCAGAAUCAUUCGCCACAGAUGUCUUAAAACAGCUUGCUGAAGUCCUUGCCAAUGAAGACGAAUCACUUCCUCGUUCACAAUCCUUAGACGAUGCAACUGAGAAGAGAGAUCCCUCGAUCCUUCCACCCCAUUAUUUCGACCUACCCCCACAGAGUCCGCUUUCAAGCUCUAUUAAUGAUCUUCUCAUUGUGCUAUCCAAUCUUGAACGGCGUAUACCACUGCUCGAAGAUGCAAAUGCCCUACUAAAGCAAGAUAUGGAGAGGCUCGUAUUCGAAUCUCAAUUACGGGAGCAAGAAAUCAACCUCAAAGAAGCUCAGGCUGUCAGACAAUCAUAUCUCUCUCAAAUACACCACGAACCCCAACAGAUACAAAUGCAACAGGACCAGACACGCCUCGAGAAUAUCGCCUUGGAAGAUUUCCUGAUCAAGACUCUGGCGUCGUAUCCAGCCGAUCAUGUUUUCAACAAGAUCGCCGCCGCUAUCGAUGCUGGCUCUUCGUUUGCAAGCGCUAUCGUGACGGUCAUACGAGAAGAGAUAGAAACUUUACCUAACAGUCCUUGGUCGAAACUUGUGCCCGCUAUCGUUGGUCCACGCUCAGCAGAUCAAUACACUUCUGCCCUCGGUAUCGUUCUUAAAGCCCGUAAAGAUCUUAGGAAUAGCCAAAAAGCCUCUCAUUUUUGGAAGCAGCAAGCUAAAUUGGACGAUGUCAAUGCAGAUGUGAUCACACCUUCUUCUUCGAUUCUAUCUGACAUUCAAGAGCCCCUUUCGGAGGAACGGCAACGCGCUGCGAGUGAUUUGUUGCGAAAGCUGAGAAGUGGGGAAAUUCCUAUCAGGAGUCAGGUUGUUACACAGG